AUGCAGGCCACAGGGGGCAUAGUUCCGGGAGGUUCGGGUUCAUCCGACAAGCUGACUUUGCCUGCGCAGCAGCCAGAUAGCUCUGCCCAGCUCUCAUCGGCAUCUUCCUCCUCUCGCUCAGCACAUACAUCUUCUGCCGAAUCGAUGCCCGCUGCCAACCGCACCACAAACACGCCCAGCUCUUCCACCUCGCCGCAGCCUUCCAAAAUCGCCAGGAUGCGCCUGCCCACUUCCGAUCUCGAUGAAACCAGCAGUGUCGGCUCCAACGAUCCUCUCGUCGCCGCCAAGGUCCACAUCAAAAGCGCCAUCUCUUCGCCUCGCUCUUCCGUCUCGUCCUCUGGCGCCGUACGAAGAGGUGCAUGGAGGGCCAUGGGCGCUGCCUCUUCAGCCUCGGCUUCCCGCAGCUUCACGCACGGCCAACGUGCUGAUUCCUACGCUUCUUCCAAUGCAUCCGAGCACGGCGCAGAAGACCUCCUUCCCGGCGUUGCAAAUCAGAGUGCACAGUCGAGCUCUGUUGUGUCUGCCCCUAGUCCUCCCCCUUCAGAUCCCUCCGUCGUGGAUCAAGACGAGGGCGAGGAGAGCUAUCGCGACAAUCCUCAGGAACUCUGUGUGCGCGACCACCCAGCAUGGCAUCGAAUGCGAGAUCAGCCUAGCGUUGCCGCCCCCGGUGCGCUCAGCUAUCUGCCUUCCGUACCUGCAACGGUCACCUCUGGCUCAGUGGACGAGGAUGGCUCCUUCGCCCGUCGCCCGUCGGACACGAAUCAGCAUAGCGAAGCUCCUGCCUUCUCGCAUCCCUUCCGGGAGGCAGCGUCGUCCGCACCGCAAGGCAUUCCCAGUUCAAGUCAAGCGCAACCUCCUUGCUCGAUACCGAUCGCAAAGGACAGCAACCCCGUCGGAGCCAGCGAAAGCGACGGCCUGUCGCGGUCCGUCGAGGCUGGUGCUUACGACUGGGCGAAUUUCGUCUAUGCCUAUGCGCGAGGUCGCUGGAAUCCCGGUCUCAUUCCGCAACCGCCCGGUCAGUCGACCGCGUUCCCAGGCGCAGCCACUCGCAUCAACACCACGCAAGAGCCAUCUGGCGAGCUGCAAGCCACUGCUGCGGAUGUGCUCAAUCGCCGCAGACCUUCACUGGAGUAUAUCACGUCAGACGCGGCGAGCCAGGGUGCCACCGCCUCGCAGCUGACCAACGCGCUCAACUUCGAGGCCCACAGCCUUCCUCUGAGCGCACGAGGUAGUGUCGAUGGCACCACGGACGCCGGUGAUUCCAAUACAGUCGCUUCCCUGCCCCUCGAUGCAAUCGGACAUGCGCCCAUCAUUGACGGCCCACUGGACGACAAGACACCGCUACGAUCCCAUGCGCUCGAGUACAUCUCAUCUCCCGGCAAUGACGCGCCCGUCUCCGAUGCGGCCCGAGCCGCAGAGUCGAGCGGCGCAGCGGGUAAGGUGAUGGAUCCCAACGUCCUCAAUGCACUUCGCGUACCUUCCGUGAGCAUGUCCUCUGCCAUGCGCAGGCCCACAGACGUCGCUGAGAACGCUGCAGCAGCACUCAAGGCUAAUGCCGACGCUCUCGACGGCCACACCAACGACAACGAGGAUGCACAGCUUCCACAGAGGGCCAAGACGGUCCCCGAGGGCUUGCCGACCAGUGUUCUGCACGGGCAGCUACCCUCGCAAAUCGAACACGCAGGCUUGGCUCCCGCCGCGCAACUGAAGGCAAAUCCAUCGGCUGCUCGUCGCCAAAAGUCCGACUCCAUCCUUCCAGAGGUCCGAGACAGGCCAGCGUCUGCCAAGCCGGUCUUUACCGACGAACCUGGCAAACCGGUAGUGAGCACACCAAUCAGUGCGAUUCCCGACCCGUUGCAGCGCUCCACUCCGAAGAAGGAUAAGAGCUCUCUGGCGAACGAGAUUGUUUCGCCCAUGUCCAAGCCCCACGCCGAAUCAGCGGAUGUACCCCCAGCAACAACAAAGUCGAAGCUAGCAGAUGACAUCGCCAAAGAUCCCAGGGCGACCUCGGCAGACCAAGACGUGUUUGCAAACGACAAGGACGGACAAGAAUCUGAUCCGCUCAGCAGACCUGGUCCGACCCCGAUCCAGAGCCACAGCGUCUCCAGACAGCCUGUGGUGUGGCAAUCGGCGCCAGAAGGCUUCUCCACCUUUGCCGAGGCCAUGUCACGGCAGGCAUCGGGCGCUGCUGCGAACGACUCCAAAUCGCCUCUUGGCAACGAGAUCACCAUUGACAAUGUCACCGUCGCCGGCCUGCGUCGCGCUGCGCGAAGGACGAGCAUGGAGAGGUCGGGGGGCGAGAUGGACCGUGCUCGCCUGGACGGAGGCCGCAACUCGAGAGGCUCCCUGGUCUCGCACAGUGCCAGCUUCCCAGGCAGCUCGCCUAGACCAUCGAUCUCAGGUCCCGGCGGCCCGCGCGAAGGCUUGCAAACGCUCUCUCAUCUGUCGAUGGGCGCCAACUACUCGUCCUCCAGUGGCUCCGUCUCGGCCUCUGCUUCGACCAACAACGGUCCUACCGUUAAUGUCGCUCACUUUGUGGGGGGCAAGCAGAGCGGAGAGACGCGCAUCGACCUGCGCGGAACUGUCACAACCUCGCCGGGCAUUGCUGUCAAGGACGUCGAAGACAGCGUUGCUGGUAGUUCAAUCCCGCACGAUGUCAGUGCAAAAGACGUCUCGCUGGCAGCCAACGCAUCGGCGACGAGACCGAGACCCGCAGCCACCAGCACAUCCUCACAGCGCAUCCAGUCUUACCUUGCAGCGGGCAAGCGUGUCGAGCUCUUCUACCGUGAUCAUGGCUACCUGCCGUCCAUCCUUCCGCCCCACGAGGAGUCGCGUCUGCAUGCCCUCUCGCGCUACGGCCCGCCCAAGAUCGCAGGCAAUCCCAAUUUUGAAAGGAUCGCUCAUCUCGUCAAGCUUGUCUUCAACUCCAAGAUGGUGCUCAUCACGCUCGUCGGUGAGAACGAGCAGAUCUUCCAGGCGCAGAUGGGUGGAGGCGGUGAGAUCACCAUCGCAUCGCUGCAAUCGCUUGCCGGUUCACGCAAUUGCUCGUUCUGCUCGCACGCCAUUCUGCAAGACAGCGACGAGCCCAUCGUCGUCUUCGACGCUGCCAAGGAUUGGCGCUUCUCCGGCAACCCGCUCGUGCAAGGCUCGCCCGACAUCCGCUUCUACGCCGGCAGUCCGCUUCGCACCUCGGAUGGUCUCAACAUCGGAAGCCUGUGUUUGAUCGACGACAAGCCACGCGCCGAGUUUGGACCACGACAGCGUCAUACGCUCAAAGAGUUUGCCCGCGUGGUGAUGCGCGAGAUGGAGCUGCUGCGCGACAGAAUUCAGUUCGGGAUGCGCGAUCGCAUGCAACGCUCCGUCGAACUCUUCACCAAAGAAUGCCUGGAGAUGGACUCAGAGGACGGCGAAACGGGGACGGUGGCCACGGCCGGAGGAAGCAUCGGUACGCACAAGGUCUUCCAGCUCGCCGCACAGAGCAUGCGUGAGGCGCUGCAAGCGUCCGGAGCGGUCAUCUUUGACCUCUCGCACUUUGAGCUCAUCGACUCGUACGACGACGACUUUGCUCCCAACGAUCUCGGCACGGGCACCAGCAGCAAAAUCUAUUUCGCCAACCCGCUUUCUUCGCAGGACAUUGGAGCGGCAGCAUCGAGUCCCAGCAACGACAUCGAGGCCGGAGAUGGUCCUGACACACCCGUUGGUGCAUCAGGUCACAGCAAGAGGAUCGCUCGAGAACGUCACUUUGACGGCACCACCGGCGUCGAGACAUUCCGAAGUCCGUUCCCCUCGCCGGCGGGAGAGCAAAACGCAAGAGCCAAGCGCGUUCCACCCAUGAGCGUGCUCGGCGCUAGCGAGGCAGUUGGCGCGCCCCCAGAGCGCAGCGAAUCGGUGCCACUGAGUCACCACAUCCAGAUGGCCGAGUUCCUGCGUCUGCAUCGCACGGGCAAGUUUUACUCGUACGCGCCACCUCCUUUCCGCUCCCUGCUGCCCCACGGCGUGACUGGCCUCUUGCUGGUGCCCAUCUUCGGACUCAACAAGCAGCCCUUUGCUCUGAUGUGCGCUUACAUUACCAGCUCAGAGCGAUCGAUCGCGCUGGAAGAGCUGCAGGUGAGCGGUCUUCAGUACCUGCGAGCUCUGGGCAUGAUCGUGCUCAGCGCCAUCCUCAAGAAGGACAUCAUGCUCGCCGACAAGGCCAAGAGCAACUUUAUCUCCAACAUCUCACACGAGCUGCGUACGCCGCUCCACGGUAUCCUCGCCGCCGCCGAGCUGCUCGCGGAGACAAAGAUGAACGCCACGCAAGGAUCGUACCUCGAAACGGUGGAAGCAUGCGGCAAGAGCCUGCUGGAGCUGGUCAACCACGUGCUCGACUUCACUAAGCUCAGCGGCAACACACGCUCUGGUCAGCGAUCUAUCCAGACCAAGAACAAGUGUGACAUGGUCAAGCUCAUUCAGGAGGUGUGCGAGAGCAGUUGGAUCGGUCAGAUGGCACGACAGGUCGAAAGCUCCUCUUCGGGCAUCGGCAGCGUGUACGCUCCGCCGGCGGGCGGCGCAUCGAGCGGCAGCAUGGUGCAAGCACGAGCAAAAGCGGCACGAGACAGCAAGGUCGAGACAGUCAUCGAUAUCGCGCUCCGAGAGGAUGGCUGGCUGGUCAACUGCGACACGGGCGGUAUCCGUCGUGUGCUCAUGAAUCUGAUCGGCAACUCGCUCAAGUUCACCUCGGCCGGCUUUGUUCACGUCUCGCUGCGUGAGGUGCAGAGCUCCAAGACGCACAUCAUGAUCGAGCUGGCCGUCACGGACACCGGUCGCGGUAUCUCGCGCGCGUUCUUGGAGGAGCAGCUCUUCCACCCCUUCACGCAAGAGAACCCUCACGGCACAGGUACGGGUCUCGGUCUGUCGAUCGUCAACAGCAUUGUGCAGUCAGCCUCGCUCAACGGCAAGAUCGACGUGUGGAGUACGGAAGGCGAAGGAACCGAGAUCCGUGUCACCUGCGAGCUCGAGCUUUGCGGAGAGGAAGACAUCGAGGGACCCACCUACAAGCCCGCGGUCAACGUCCAUCAGAGCUACAGCGUAGCGUUGCUCGGUUUUGACGAGUCGCGAGGUGACCAGGAUCUGCGCCACGCCCUCGAAGGCUACUUCCUCAACUGGUGGGAGUUCAAGCUGUCGGAGCAGACUACGAUCGGCGAUCACAUCAAGCACAGCGACGUGCUCGUUCUCAACGACGACUUGGCGCUGCUCAAGAAGAUCAAGGCGGAGCGCAAAGGAGAGCUGCCGCCGGUCAUCUUCCUCACAGCCAGCCGCGGCGAGUCCGAAAUUGCCAAGGCGUGCGAAGAUUACCACGCAGCGGGCGGUGUGGCCCGCAUCUUGUUCAAGCCGGCGGGUCCCGCCAAGCUGGAGAGCGUCGUCGACUUCUGCCUGCAGUGCCUGGAGCGUCGACAAUCGGGCGAACCAGCCUCGUCGGAGGAGACCAAGCCCAGCACUCCCUUGCCUUCGCCGAGCGAAGCAGGAGCUGCGUAUCAGCAGAUGGAGAAAGGCGACAGCUACUUUGCGCCGCGCCAGAGCCGGCCCGACAUCCAUCGCAUUCCUGGACACGAGCUUGGCUCUUUCGACACCAAUGCAUCGAUCACUCCGCGCGCGGAGGUCGAGAUGGAGAGAGCCACAGGUCGCGAUGACCCGCGUGCAUCAGCAAACUCGCACAAAGUCGCAGCAACGCACCCCACACUGGCGGAAGGCGAUGUCAAGAAUCGACGACCGACGCUGGACCCGGGCAUCGAGCGCAUCCGCUCGCAUUACAUGUCACCUGAUCCACCGGGCAGCUCGUCCAACUCGCUGAUUCGUCGACACUCAACGGAAGCGCGCAUGGAUGCGGCGCACGAGGAUGCGUCUAGCUCGAACACGCUCAAGCCGAGCCGGCCGCUGCUGCCAGCUCGCAGCAUCACGUAUCACGAACCGCGUCUGCACAAGCAUGUGCUCAUGUCGCCUAUGGGCGGUCGCGACGGCGAGGCGGAUUCGUACUUUGAUCGCGUUCCGACCCCCAACUCGGCACACACGCCCAACACGCCAGGCUCGACGGUGUCUCUGGAAGGAGGCGAUGGAGCUGUGCUCAAGAGUGCGCUUGCAUCGACUCGCAGUGGCAGCAGCAUGCUGAGUAACAGCGUCAGCGGCAGCGGAGCCUCUCGCAAGCGCAUGCAGAUCCUGUCGGUGGAAGACAAUGCGAUCAACCGCAAGGUGAUCGCCGCGUUCCUGGCCAAGCUGGAUGUCGACUUUGUCGAGGCGACCAACGGCGAGGAGGGCAUCGAGCAGUUCUCGCGCUACCCGGCGAACCACUUUGACGUGAUCCUGAUGGAUCUGUCGAUGCCUGUGCUGGACGGCAUUUCUGCCAUCGCUGCGAUCCGCAAGAUCGAGAUGGAGCGAUAUCAGAACACUAGCAGCGGCAGCUCGCAUCGGAGCAGUUCGGGCAACGCGGCGCCCAACAAACCACCUUCGCGGUAUCGAGCCAAGAUCUUUGCGCUGACGGGCCGAUCGACGGACGAGGACAAGCGACAGGCGUUCCAGACGGGUGCCGACGGGUACAUUGUCAAGCCGCUCAGCUUCAAAGUGCUCUCUUCGCUGCUGAGGAUGUUGAUGCGCUAG